CAAUAUUACAUUUUAUUAAUAACACAAAACGUAGAGUUACAUAUAUAUAUAAAAUAAAUAUACUAAUGAUAGAUUUAAUUCCAUACGGAUUUUGCUGUAUUACAGACUAUUCAUGAUAUCAGCACAAUUCACAUAUUGCUUGUACAUAUGAAUAAUUAUAGGUUAUGUAAAGGAUAGGUUAUGUUCGCUUUCAGUAUAAACAUAAAACUAACAAUGUGUCAAACAACAAAUCUAAAAAGCUAAUCUUAUUCGAAUUAUAAAUUGAUUGAUUUUGAAAUUUUGUUCUUAAGUGUUUUAAAGAAUUAUAUUUAUACUUAAUUGUAUAUAAAGAACAUUUUACAUUUUGUUAAUGUUACACUGAAAAUAAGAGGAUAAAAAUGGAAAUAUUGUCCGUGUGCGUCAUUUGCUAAUUAUGAUGCAUGAAUGAUUAAUUUGCUAUUUUGAUAUUCUGACUUUAACGUCAACUUCGUAUUCGCGGCUAGGUUUUAUAUUUAAAUAAUUACGUUAAAUCAGUAUAUUGUAGUUACAUAAUGCAAUUUGUACGGAUUCAUAUCGAGUUUUUAACGCGUUUAGUACAACACGCAAUUGUUUAAAUUUGUUAAACUAAAUUCUGUUCAAUAACUGAAACUUAUAACAAGUUUAUAGUAUUACAUCUGUCUGGAUCUGAAAAAUAAUUAUUAAAAUGAAAGACGGCAGCAGAUUGUUAUCAGUUCUUCUGCGAGUUUCUGAGAAAGCAGCAAAUAUUGCAAGAGCUUGCAGAUACAAUGAUGCUCUCUUUAAGCUGCUUGUACAAGAAAAAUCAGAGGAAGAAAAGAAUCCUCGUUUCUUUCAAGAUUUCAAAACCUUAGCCGAUGUUCUAAUACAAGAGACAAUUAAACAUGACAUUGCAUUAGAGUUUCCAGAAUUGGCCAAAGUAGUACAAGGAGAAGAAAGUAAUACAUUUAGUAAUGCUUUGGGUGAAUCUAUAGUGGUCGAAGUUUGUCCUACUGCAGAGGAAACAACUCAAUUAUUAGCCAAGGUAAUGGGUAGUGAUAUUGCAAGUGCAGAAUUAUUGGCCACAGAAGUCCACAAAGAUGUCCAGCUAUUAGACAUUCCAAUGGUAGCAGAAUUACCAUCUGAUUUUGAUAUUAAUGUACAUGAUCUUGGUAUAUGGAUUGAUCCAAUUGAUUCAACUGCAGAUUAUAUAAAUGGAGGUGAAAAUGUGGAUGAUGUCACUGGAGUACAUUUGAGCGGUUUACGCUGUGUUACUGUUUUAAUUGGAGCCUACUUAAAGAGCACAGGUGUUCCUGUUGUGGGAGUAGUUAAUCAACCUUUUUACACGAACAUAGAUUCACAGUGGAAAGGAAACUGUUAUUGGGGAUUUGCGGAAAAUGAUAUUAGAAAAUGUUCUAUAGUCAAAGAACCUGAUGAUAAAAAAAUAGUUGUUCUUAGUAGAAUGGAAGAUGAAAAUGUAAAAUCGAAGUUGUUAGAUGCUGGAUUUACUUUGGUAGAAGCAGCUGGUGCAGGUUAUAAAAUACUAAAUGUUGCUCUUGGACAUGUUGAUGCUUAUAUUUUAUCCAAAGGUUCCACAUAUAAGUGGGACACUUGUGGUCCACAAGCCCUUUUGCGUUCCUUAGAUGGAGGUAUCAUUGAAUUUCGAAGUUUUAUAAAUGAUUCUGAUUCAGAGUAUUUGGAUAUAAAAUAUUUAUCUACAUCUUCCAAUUUUUCUAAUAGCAAUGGUUUAAUUGCAUACAGAAAUUUUGAAAUUCUGCAGACCUUGAAGUCCAUUUUAUGCAAAUAAGUGUUUGUGGGUAUAUUUUAUAUAUAUGUAUUAUGUAUUAAUUGUUGCCAGUGUUUCAAGAUAUUUUUAUUGCAUUUAAUAUUAAAUGCAGUUUUACGUAAUUAACAGACAAUUUUCACUUUGCUUAAUUUUAGAUUGUUUUAUAGUAUUGUAACAAUUUUUAUUAUUUAAUAAUUAAUAUAAAUGAGAAUAUUUGUAGCAUUGAAUAUAAAAUUUGAGAGUUGUUUAUAGUAUUUAAAUGUUGUUAUCUGAAAAGGAAGUUGCUUCUUUAUGAUGUGCAAGUAGAUCGAUGUUCAUACAAGCAAUGCUUCCAUUUUCUUCUUAAUUGUUACAUAUGUGUCCAUAAUAUAUAUUUGUUGAUAAAUACAUAGUAAUAGGCUUUUAUCAAAAUAUGGAUAUUUUUUAUGAACUAAAAAAUGAAUGUAUAGCAAAGUAUUAAUGGUACUUAAAGUGAAAUAAUUAUAUGAAUCAUUUUAUUUAUUUUUAUCUAAUGUUUAAAUUUUGUAAUGAUUAUAUGAUUGUGAUAUGAAUACAGAAUUACAAUUGUAAAAUUGUAAAAGUUGUUUAAAAUAAAAGCUACUGAUAGAAUGAA